UAUUCAUUGCUAACAGCCUAUAAAUAGUCAUUGCCACUUGUUAAUACUAUGUAGCAAGUUUUCUUUAUUUCUGAAAAGCUCAAAGUAGCAGUUAACCGGUUCUGUGAUUCAAACAAUACCAUUUUGGAGAACAAUAAAAGGCAUUCAGUGCACCAUGAGUGCAAAAUGUAUAGAAUUAUACUGAAAGGUUUAUAUUAUACAACAUGAUUGGAGAAGUUUUUAAGCAAUUUACUAAGGCAAAGUACUUUUUUUAUCAAAACUAAAUUCGUUUCGAGAUUAAAUUGAACUUUGUAAUAUUUUAAUUAGAUAGAAAAAACGCGCGCUGAAUCAGCUGUAAUCACCACGCGCGAGAUACCUAUGUUACAAUAGAUGAAUUCAAAUUCUGAAAAAAUGUCCGAUAUCAAAAGCGUUUUAUCACUAUUAUGUCAGCAUUUAAAUUCAUCGAUCAAUGUCGUAAUGAAACCUGAAUAUUUUAGAUUGACAAAAUUUAAUGGUACAGCUGAAAAUAUCACCGAGGAAUUCUGGAAAACAUUAAAUACUUUAAGUUAUCAUGCCGUGAGAGAAAAGCAAAUCGAAAUUGAUUUUCAACAGUAUGGUAUUAUUUUGGGAACAAAGUUGUAUUUUGCAUAUUUACAGUAUCCAGCCGUAGAGUUUUACGCUUUAAACAGAGACAGUAAAAAUAACAGACAAUUAUUAUUAGCAUUCGCGUGGCUUCUUGGAACACAAAAUGUUCUAAAUGUUAUUAUUAGAAUAAAUUUAUCCAAUAGUGUACUGGGAAGAGAAUGUGCAUAUCCGAAUAACUCAGAAAAAAAAGAAACAGAGUGCAAUGUACCAGAGUCAUUGAUUGCACAAAUAAAUAAUGUAUUAUACUUAAAUGGUAAAGUAAAUUACAAUCUAAAAGAGAUAUCUGAGUUAAUUUCUGAAAGAGCUAAGCUAGUAAGCAAAGCUCAUGCUGCAAGUAUUAAUGUCAGUGGUUUACCACAUCUCAGUGUAUCAGAAUUAGCAUUAAUAAAACGUAUAUCAACAAUUAAUAAGAAGGCACCUUCUAAUGAGGAUAAAAGAUAUUUAAAGAAUUUAAACAUUAUAGGUGGUUUGUUAGAUACACACAUGAAAUGGUUAAAGAUAGAACACAUGUUUUUUGAAUGGAUGGUGACCGUAGUUGAAGAACACAAUAAAUCUCUAACUUCCAGUUUAGAUGACAUUAAUUGGAAUGAAAUUUCAAAAUUCAUUUCUUUAUUACAUUAUAUAACACAGGAAAGAUUUGAAAGUUCAUCUUUCAAAAAUGAAUCUAAGGCUUCUCAAACUUGUCCUUCUACAUGUGUAUCACGUUUAUUAAAAGUUGAAGACAGUAAUAAAGAAAUGGAAAAUUGGUUAACAGAAAUUUCUGCUGAAGUAAACAAAGGUAUGGAAGAUCUGUCUAAGAGAAAGGAAGAACUGUCUAAGGAAUUAAAAGAUAUUCUGAAAUCAAUACCUUCUUCCAUUCAAGUUUGAUUUGCAUAAAAAAAUAAAAAAAUAUAUAUCA